AUGACAAGCCAUUCAGUCACAAACAGAGAGCCGGGGAAAGAUUCCGCAAAGGCACCUCAUACCAAUAUGAUGGUAGACUGCAUUAUCGCGAAUCUGCCUGAAGAAGCCUUAAGAUCAAUCAUGCGUGGACUACUAGGAGGCAAUCCCUCAAUCACCUCCUCAUUUCAAAAACAAGUAUCGAAUUAUCUCACAAGUACAAAGCCGGAGACAAUUCCCGAGCUCUUCGACACAUCUCAGGGAUCACCGAAGCCAAAUUCAUCAUUUCAGCAUAUUCAAAGCAGAUAUCGAUGUCUGAUGGGCUGUGGAUAUGGGUUUGAAAGCGUAAAGAUCUUGACUGAGAUUGUACGGCAAGUUGAGGCUUUGGAAGUAGAUGCGAGUGAAGAGGAUGGACGAGCGUUUUUGGAGGUUCUUGAGAUUGUUGAUGGGGAUAUUGUACAGUCGGUGACGGCGAUUCAGAAGCAGUUCUCGACAGGUUCUGGGGUUCGUUCUAUGAUUGUGGAAGAAUCGGAGACGGUCGCUGAGUUCAAAGAAGCUCUCUCUUCACUUAGAGAGAAGCAAUCUGCUUCUGAGCACUCCAAGCGAAAUUUCCCGGUGGAUUUCCCGUUCGAGCGAGGGAUGUCUAGGGUGGAAAGUUUGGAUGGUGGAGAUGAUAGAGUGAAAUCCACCAACACAAAGGCUGUUAGGACCGCAUCCACUGGGUUCGUUUCUGGAGGUUGUAAGCUCGAAUCUGUGAGAUUGGGAACUGCUGAGGUUCCGCGUAUGUUUAUGGGACUUUGGCAAUUUUCUAGCCCUGCGUGGGGUUCUGCGUCGAAAUCAAAGAUCAACAAGCAUUUACGACAACAUGUCGAUGCUGGGUUGGUUGCUUAUGGUGAGUAAGCCUGAAAGUUUGCUUUGCUGUGGUAUUACCGUAUUGCAGGAUGUCAUGUAGGCUAAUAAAAUUGAGUUAGAUAUGGCUGAUCAUUAUGUGAGUUUAUGAAAAUUACUGUUUUCUCCGCGAAGAAGACAGCUAACACAGGGGACUUUAGGGUGACGCUGAAGUAACAUUCGUAAGUUACAAUAGCUUUAAUGAGCAUCUGCGGAGUGAGUAACAUUCAUACAGGGUCAAUUUCGCUCCUCCCAACCAGAUUCCGAGAAAAUCUACUGCGCCACAAAAUGGGCAGUCUUCGAGCCUAUAAAAGUGACUCCAGAAGUUGUAGCAGCAAACGUCACAGAGCGAAUAACAGCACUAAACUCAACUUCUAUCGAACUACUUCAAUUUCAUUGGCAAGAUGUAGGAGCCACUUCCUUUCACAGGAGAAACCAUUGCCCAUUAACUAAAUAUAGUACGGCGACAAACAAUACAUCGAAGCUUCACAAUUACUCGAACAAGACCCCCGUGUCUCAAGUCUCGGCCUAUGUAACUUCGACACCGAGCACAUGAACGAGAUUUUAGAUCAUGGAAUCAAGGUAGCAUCAAAUCAAGUCCAAGUACGUACACCAAUCCAUCAGCCCUUGAGCGUGAAAGCUCACAUGAACCAAGUUCUCCCUAAUAGACCUCCGUCCAACAUUCAAAAUAGCAGAAAGCUGUCGAAAACACCAAGUCAAACUCUUGACCUACGGCUCAUUAGUAAGAAACUUCUUCUCCUCACGAUCAGAAUGCGUCAUUAAUAAUGAGCAGUGCGGUGGCUUCCUAGCAUCUAAAUGGGUUAAAAAACCAGCACCCAAUCUCUUCGACAAGGACAUGACACCCAGCCAUCGAAAAUACCUCGAAAUGAUCACAAUCUGGGGAGGCUGGUCUCUCUUCCAGGAAUUACUGGAGCAACUCGCGUUUAUAGGCAAGAAAUACGGCUUUUCGAUAUCGUGUGUGGCUAUUGGAUGGGUACUAGAUCAUGAUUAUGUAGGCGCUGUAAUCAUUGGAGCGAGGAUGGGGAUAAGCGAGCAUAUCGAGGAGAACUUGAAGGUUUUCUCAUUCCGUUUGGAUGGUGAGGAUAGAGAGGUGAUCCAAAAAGCUUUGGAGAAAUCGAGAGCUCGGGAUGUUUUUGAGGCGAUGGGAGAUUGUGGGGCGGAGUAUCGUUAG